CUGAGAUCUCCGGAGGGCCCCAGCGGCCUCCCGACACCACCCACAAGGCUGCAAUCCGUAUCAAAACAUAGGCUCAAGCUGUUUCUGGCUCGGCCGUUGGGCGAAGCACUAUUACAACCGGGAGGGAGCCUAGCGGCGACCAGUUGGGGCGAAGCACCCUGUGCAAUCCUGCAGGAUCUCCUUUCCAGGCACCGCAGGGAUGGCGAAUCUCCCUUAUGUCGGUGAGCAGCCACCAGGGCCAGCGUUGGCGUGGGCGGAGGCAUCCAGCGUGGCGCCCGCACUGAGGCAGCCCUCGACUCCCAGCAUGGCCCACAGCUGCCCCUGCGGAAUGGGCCACAGCAGGGCCGUGCGGGGCCCCGGCGACCUCGGUCCCAACCAGAUCCGCAGGCCUCGGGCGCUCCUACCUCCCCAGAGUUCGGCACCUGCGGCUCUCGAAGACCUUCCCUAUAUGAGGAGGCCCAACAUGCGGAUCCCCGAGCCUCGCAUGGGCAGCCGCACGCCACGCCGGCACGCGGCCGGUGCCUUCGCGGCGCCCGAGUUGUUGCCGCAGGUGGAGCUGGCCAGCGGAAAGGCAGUGGGCAACCAGACGGUUGAUAUCGAGUCCACCUCCGUCCUCUCCGUGGAGUCCUCGAUGCUUCCCAUGGCCUGCCUUUGGCUCCACGGGAACAGUGCUGUGGCCGGCGAGGCCGAGCGGCCUUUCUGCACCCUGCUUGGGCACAAUCGUCUCAGCGGCGAUCCGUGCCGACGAGAGGAGGACCGCGAGGAGGAUCUGCCGAGUCAUGGCCAGAGCAUCUCCCGCAGGCCGCCCGUCCUCGACGAGCGCGGAAGGGCCCCGCGCUCCCCUGGACCUGCCGGCGCGCUCCGCGCGCCAGAGAGGGGGGCCCCCCGCGCGGGAUCCGCGCGGAGCGCCAGAGGCUGAGGUCUGUGCCGCUGCCUCUGCUCCUCGGGGAGGGGUGGGGGGGGGUGAAGCGCAGGGCGACUCUCUGCUCCCCCUCUCUCUCUCUCCUGCGUGCGACUGUGUGGGACUUUGGAUCUUCGGCUGAUAGGUCAGGUUCCGGAUGUCCACACGGCUGAUCGUGCACAGGUGAAUCUCACCAGAACCUUGAAGUCAGAAUUCCGGGCGUGCCGUCGCGGAAAGGCCGGUACAUUCAGAGGGUGCCCGCACCGGGCGCGGCCACCGUGCGCCCUUGGAGCGCCGCGGCGGCCUGCGCCGCGGCGCCGCGGUCAGCCAGCACGUCUGCGCCUAAUCCGCCGCCGGGCGACGCCGAUGCUGGCCGCCAGGUUGGAGGGGCAGCUGAGGCCCAGCUGCUUGAGCAGCGGGUCGGAGACCCAGGCGAGUUGCCGUAAUCAUAGGUUUGGGGAAGCCGUCG